AUGAAGGCUUUAAACAACUCCAUCCUCAGUCUAGGCAAAGAGAAUGAAGAGCUGGAGCAAAAAAACAGGGAUCAAAGAAAUGAAAUGAAAGAAUUUACGUUGAAAUUUAAAGAAACAAUGAUAUCAAUCAAUAGUUCUGGUGACACCUUUAAAGAGGACGAAAGAAAAGAAAAUAUUAAUUACAUUGAACUCUAUUGA